CCAACGCCUCAAGUAACAUUCCCUACGUCCACCGCUUACCGAGAGGUCCUGCAAGAAUCUGCUCCAAGAAAAUGGCCGACAAGAAGAAUCUGCUCCUGCUGUUCGACCAUCCCACGGAGCCCGUGUUCAUGGACAAGGGUGGCAACGGCACCGUGUUCCAAGUUCCCGACUCCUAUGUGACCAAGCGCUACAACAAGAUCUGCAAGGAGGUGCAGCAGCGAGUGUGCGGCGGGAGCGAGAAGCACGUCCCGGUGAAGGAGAUCCCAAUUCCAGAUCUCAGUUACCCCAUGUCCUUGGGCCGAGCCGAGCAGUUCUCGGUGUUCCUGAAGUCCCACACCGAGAUGGCCGGGCACUUGAUCGAGGUGUUUAUUAACAUGCCCACCGUGGACGACCUGCAAAGCGUGGCCGUGUAUGCCAGGGAUCGGGUUAAUCCAGUGAUGUUCAACUACGCAUUGUCGGUGGCUCUGCUCCAUCGGCCGGAUACCAAGGACCUGAAUCUGCCUGCUUUUUCGCAGGUCUUUCCGGAUCGAUUCAUCGACUCGCAGAUGUUUCGCCACAUGCGCGAAGAAUCAUUCGUGAUUGAGGGAUCCGACCACCGGGAUGCCAUCGUGAUACCCGUCAACUAUACCGCCUCCGACCUCGACGUGGAGCACCGCCUGUGGUACUUUCGCGAGGACGUGGGCAUCAACCUGCACCACUGGCACUGGCAUCUAGUCUAUCCCCACGAAGCCCCGAUUCGCAGCAUCGUGGACAAGGAUCGGCGUGGCGAGCUGUUCUACUACAUGCACCAGCAAAUUAUUGCCCGCUACAAUGCCGAGCGGUUGAGCAACUAUAUGGCCCAGGUGCAGCCGUUCAACAACUUGGACGAGCCCAUCACCGAGGGCUACUUUCCCAAGAUGGACUCCACGGUGGCCAGCCGAGCCUAUCCGCCCCGCUUCGACAACACCCGGCUGAGGGAUGUGGAGCGGGUCGGUCAGAUAAGAGUGUCGAUCGACGAAAUGAAGCGUUGGCGCGAACGCAUCUAUGAGGCCAUCCACCAGGGCUACGUUUUGGACGAGAAUAACGAAAAGGUAGUCCUGGAUGAAGUAAAGGGCAUCGACAUCCUGGGCAACAUCAUUGAGGCCUCCGAUCUAUCGAUCAACAGGACGCUGUAUGGUAACUUUCACAACAGCGGCCACAACUUGAUCGCUUACGCCCACGACCCGACCAACAAGCAUUUGGAAAAAGCAGGCGUAAUGGGCGAUGCGACCACCACCAUGCGCGACCCAGUCUUUUACAAGUGGCACUCCUUUGUGGACAACCUGUUCCAUGAGCACAAGCGGCGCCUGCCCCCAUAUAGCGCGGAAGACUUGGGAUUCCCGGGCGUCCACGUCAAGAGCAUCAAUGUGCAGAGCCGAAAUCAGACCAACAAGCUGACCACCUUCUGGCAGCAGUCCGAUGUGGACAUGUCCGGCGGCCUGGACUUCUCACCACGCGGCAAAGUCUCCGCUCGGUUCACCCAUCUGCAGCACAGCGCAUUCACCUACUUCAUCGAGGUGGAGAACUCCGCAGGGGCCACGCGAAAGGGAUUCGUUCGCCUCUUCCUGGCGCCCAUGUUAGAUGAACGUAGCGGGAUCAUGGAAUUGGGGGAGCAGCGCCGCCUUAUGGUGGAGCUGGACAAGUUUGUGAUAACCAUGCCUCCCGGAUUGUCCACGCAUUCCCGGAAGUCCGUGGACUCGAACGUAACUAUCCCGUUCGAGCGCACUUUCCGCAACACGGCUAAAAACUCUUCCGACAAUGAGAUAUUCGACUACUGCGGCUGCGGGUGGCCCCACCACAUGCUGAUACCUAAGGGUCGCCCUGAGGGUAUGAAGUUCAAGCUGUUCGUCAUGAUCUCCAACUAUGAUGAGGAUAGGGUUGAGCAGCCUUCUGAGUGCGCCUGCAGCGAUGCCGCCUCAUAUUGCGGUCUUCGGGACAGUCUCUACCCGGAUCGCAAGUCCAUGGGCUAUCCAUUCGAUCGCCUGCCCCGACAGGGUUCCAAGUUCUUGGAGAACUUCCUCACGCCCAACAUGAGCACCGUGGAUAUUACUAUCACCCAUAAGAACUACACCGAAAGUCUUUCAGAGUAGACGUUAACUUAUUUUUCUAUAUGCAAAGGUAUAUAUUAAUGAAGUAUAAAACUAAAUACUUCUUUGUUUAACAAAUGUAUAAAUAUAUUACCGCACAUUAAUAAAAGCCAUUUUGAUUGCUUAA